AGAGAAGCAAAGUAAGAAUGAUCUCUUCUAAUAUUUCUCAUGUGGUAAACAUGAAUUUUGAAUGUUAAUUUCCACAGAAGUCCUUGAAUGUGAAGAGACACAGGAAUGUGAAAGAUGCUUCAGAUUUUUAAAAUAUUAUAAAGGAAUCUAAGAUUUUCGUUUGCAACAUAUGCUUUCUUCUAAAGAGUAUCCAUCAGCUGGCAUCAAAGGAGCAGAAUGAAUUGUUGCUUAUUCCUACCUUUUGUGGUGGGAAUUUCCCUCCUACGGCCUUGCCUUACAGCAACAGAAAACUCUAAGACAGAGGAAGCGAAGCACCCAGAGGGGUCUCAUCCGAGACUGAAGAGUGGCUGGAUUUGGAACCAAUAUUUUGUAGAAGAGGAAAUGAAUAUCACGGGAAAGGACAUUGGCCGGCUGAGCUCAAAUAUGCAUAAUGGAUCCAAGUCUUUGAAGUACAAGAUUUCAGGAGAUGGAGCUGGAAGUAUUUUCUUCAUUAAUGGAACAACAGGUGUCUUAUCUGUGGUACAGAAGCUGGAUAGAGAGAAACAGGCCUUCUACAAUCUAAAAGCCCAUUUAAUAGACAUCACUACUGGAAAGGAUGUGGAAUCUGAAUCUGAGUUUGUUGUCAAAGUUACGGAUAUCAAUGACAAUGCACCAAAAUUCCUACAUGAACCUUAUGCGGCCGUUGUACCAGAGAUGUCUCCAGAAGGGACAUUCAUCAUCCAGGUGACAGCAAAUGAUGCUGAUGAUCCUUUAUGUAAUAAUAAUGCUCGUCUUGUGUAUGAGUUACUACAUGGCCAGCCAUAUUUCUCCAUUGAACCAACAACAGGAGUUAUAAGAACAUCUUCUAAAAUGGAUAGAGAGCUGCUAGAUUCAUAUUGGGUAAUUGUUCAAGCCAAAGACAGGAUUGGUCUGCCUGGAGCACUGUCUGGAACAACGAGGGUAUUAAUUACACUUUCUGAUAUUAAUGACAACAUACCUACAUUUAAAAAAGGCUUAUACCGCAUGAAUGUCUCCGAAUCUGCACCCAUUGGUACUUCUAUAGGAACAAUCAUGGCACAUGAUAGGGAUAUAGGAAAGAAUGCAGAAAUGGAUUACAGCAUUGAAAAUGACGAUUCACAAACAUUUGACAUCAUUACUAAUAAUGAGACCCAAGAAGGUAUCGUUAUAUUGAAAAAGAAAGUGGAUUAUGAGCAACAGACCUACUAUAAUAUUAGAGCAAAAGUUAAAAACCGCCAUGUUGACGAGCAGCUCAAGAAGUAUCACACUGUGGCUUCCACCACUUUUAUUAGGGUCCGGGUGGAAGAUGAAGAUGAACCGCCUGUCUUCCUCCUUCCGUAUUACAUAUUAGAGAUCUCUGAAGGAAGCCCACAGGGAUCCUUGGUGGGCGUGGUCUCCGCCAUAGAUCCAGAUUACAACAGAUGUCCUAUCAGGUAUUCUAUUACCAAAAGCAACAUGUUCCAAAUUGAUGACAAUGGCACCAUCAUCACAACUCACCCUCUUGACCGAGAGAUGAGCGCUUGGUGGAACCUCAGCAUUGCAGCCAGAGAACUAUACAAUGAAGAACACACUUCUGAAGUUCCUGUGUAUGUACAAGUUCUUGAUAUUAAUGAUCAUGCUCCUGAGUUCCCUGAACUUUAUAAGACUUAUGUUUGUGAAAAUGCAAGCUCUGGUCAGGAGAUUCAGACCAUCAGUGCAGUGGAUAAAGAUGACUCCAUAGAAAGGCCAAAUUUUUAUUUUAAUUUAUCUGUGGAAGACACAGAGAACUCUAAAUUUACAAUCAGAGAUAAUAAAGAUAACACAGCUGUAAUUUUGACCAAUAGAACUGGUUUUAGCCUUCAAGAAGAGCCUGUCUUCUAUAUAUCCGUCUUAGUUGCUGACAAUGGUAUCCCAUCCCUUACAAGUACAAACACGCUUACCAUCCAAGUGUGUGACUGUGGUGACAGUGGAAGUAUACAGACCUGCCACAAUAAAGAUAUGCUUUUCAUGGAAUCCAGGACAGAGAUCAUGACUGCUAUUCUGAUAUGCGCUGUGAUAAUAACACUACUUGGGUUUAUUUUUAUGAUCCUGCAUCUACAACAACGAAGAAAACAGACUCUUUUUCCUGAGAAAGAUAAAGAGUGCAGAGAGAAUAUAUUCAGAUAUGAUGAUGGAGGGACAAGAGAAGAAGAUACAGAGGCCUUUGCUAUUGGAGAGCUGAGCUGCAGCACCUUCAUGAGGGAACCUCGGACUCGGAAAACCACCUCUGCAGAGAUUAGGAGUUUGUACAGGAUGUCAUGGCAGGUUGGUCCAGAUGAUGCUGUAAUCAAGGAAUUCAUCCUGGAAAAGCUGGAAGAAGCUAACACUGAUACUUACGCUCAUCCUUUGGACUCCCUCCAGACCUAUGCCUUUGAGGGAACAGGGUCAUUAGCUGGAUCCCUGAGCUCUUUAGAAUCAUCAGCCUCUGGUGAGAAUGAACAUUUUGAUUGCUUUCAUGAUUUGGAACUUCCCUUUCAAAUAUAA